AUGUCAGCAUGUCUUAAGCCCCUCGAAGUUGUGCAGAAACGCAACAAGUUGGCCCUUGAGCUGGACAACAACACCGGUGGCCAGUGCACUCGGAAGCUGAUCAACGAAUGGGAUAAGAAUUGUCUCGCGAACCAUAUGUACUGCGGACAAGCCAGUGACUCUGCUUUCUUGCCUACGAGAUUGCUUGAGAUCAACGAUGUUGGUAACCCCACUACAUGUCGCCUGGUUUUACGAGAAGAGGUGCCUUGCGCCUCAAGAUACACUGCGCUGUCGUAUCGCUGGGGUGCCAUGAAGACAAAAGGCGAGACCCGUCUUUUGGAGUCUACAUUCGAUACGAUGCGCACUGGAUUGCCACUCAGUUCCCUUCCAAAAACAUAUGUCGAUGCCAUUGAUGUCACAUCAUGGCUAGGUAUCCGAUAUAUAUGGAUUGAUGCAAUCUGUAUUAUACAGGACCUGUUACACGAUUGGCGAGCCGAAGCUUCUACAAUGCAAGCUAUCUACCGCAACUCCUACCUUACCAUUUCAGCUAUUGCGGGGACUCACGACAAUCCUGGUCUGUUCUACGCACGAGACCCUGUCAGAGUCCAGCCAACUAUCGUCAAUAUCGCAUACACAUCGUGCGACAAUCCCGUGCCUUUUGUACAUCGUGAUGAAAAAAGGAAGGAGGCAGAGUCUUUCCAGAUGGGCAACGUCACGAUGGAGCGUGGCUGGUGUCUUCAAGAACGUCUCUUAUCACCCCGUGUCUUACACUUUGGGUCACAUCAAGUCUUCUGGGAGUGUCGCGAACAACGCGCAUCUGACAAAACCCCGGAGUCUUUGGACGUUGAUACGGGCGAAGUCACUGGCGGACAGUUCGAGCUGAGAGGUCCCUGGGUCACCAUCGUCACAACAGGAAAAAAGGGCAUUCUGGACAACAAUAAUUUCCUGGCCCACUUCCAAUAUCUUGAUCCGAGUUCAGCGCUCGAAAAACCUCUCGUUAUUGAGACUGAUGACUCGGUCUAUCACGACACCGAGAUCAUCUACGAUACCCAGGACGACAUGGUGAAACAAGCCUUCUGCAUGCCUAUAUGUACAUGGCGGAAUGAGCUUCCUACCUGGCACUUUCGUGGCAUCGUUCUAGUGCCAGUAGAAGACGGAGGCUUUAAUUACCGCCGCAUCGGUCUGGUCGACGGUUUCUUCAAGACUGAAGAGGAAGCGCACACCUUCUUCUCGCAAUUCCCGCGAAGAAGUGUUACAGUUACAUGA